UCUCCAGGGCAUGUCCCUCUGACUGUCUAUGGUCGCUAUCUCGGUCAUCCAUGUGUUAUUGGGUGUUAGCUAGAGGCCACCCGUCCAUGAGUCCUAUAACCGUUUGACCGAUCCAAUGAUUAUGCGUAGGUGAUAAUGAAUUUGUAUCAAGAGUUAACGUGCGAUGGGGAGAGUAGCGCUCUGUUCGCAGGGGGACACCGACCAGGGGAGGUCAGGAUAGGUGACUUGGGCCAGAUCAUUUCUCCAGAACUUGGAGCUGGCAAUGAGGGUAACUCUUUAUCAGAGGGUGACCCGGGAUAUUCAUUACAACACAGUUACCCGUCUUUCUCCGGUGCCAAUUCUGCGACCGACUGCACGGUAACUCAGCUACCAGUCUACUCAGGCUCGAGUAGCUCUCCUCUGACACAGAGUCAGGGCUUUUCAACCACGCCACCGGCCUGCAUUCACUACUCUCGUCUCCCCUCCUACCUCCGGGUGCAGGAACACGACUUCCCGGGACUUGGAUACUCCUCUUCCACACACAUCACCGGGACUGAGGCGCUAGCGCACGCAGAAUUCGGGUCUAUAAAUGCGCACAUUAAAAUCUACACUCACGAUGGGUCUAAUGUUCACUUUGCUGUUGUGGACAGUAGCUCUCACUCCGACCCCAAGUGUAAGGUACCUGAACUAAGUCACAGGAGCAAAACUUUUGAUUGGAUGAACGUGAAGAAGAGAAGUCAAAUUCGGACAGCCAAGAUGCACAUGGCCUGUGGAUUAAGUAUAGUCGCUCCGGGCGUCAGUAUGGACAGAGGAGGUGGAGGUAACCACAGCAUUCCCACCGAUGGGCAUCAUAUUACCGCUAACGGGGUACUAAGGACCAAUUUCACCACGAAACAGCUCACAGAGCUCGAGAAGGAGUUCCACUUCAACAAGUACCUGACGCGAGCCAGACGCGUGGAGAUCGCGAGCGCCCUGCAACUGAGCGAGACACAGGUGAAGAUUUGGUUCCAGAACCGGCGUAUGAAACAGAAGAAAUUAAUGCGCGAGGGUCUUCUCCCGGUGGCCUUGCGUGUCCUCGAGCUGCUCAGAAAGCUCACGCUCCAACAGCCUGGACACUUAUUCCUCUCCUGGACAACUUGAACCGACCUCAUGCUCUCCCAAACACCUGCCGCCCAUUAACACUCAACUAGAGGAACUGUCUCAUGCAGACAGUGGCAGACAGUAUCAUCAACAUGCAGGUUCUUUGAUUCUCCAUUAGGAGGAAUUUCUUCCUUAAUUGGUUAAUCAGGGUCAUGUUGUUUUUCACAAAAAAACAACAUCACGGAAAGCAGAGUAAGUUUUGUGAACUCCAGAAUGUGUUAUUGUAAGUGUUUGAGUCAGUGAUUCCUCAUUUUAGGGGCGCAUGUAGGCCUACCUGAGACUUUUCAUUGGAGUAGCCUAUUCAAGAGGACAUUUGAGUUGCGCUCGCUUGUCAGGUGAAAUAAUAUAAUGAUUAUUGCACUUUAUGAGUUCAUAUCAAAUAACAUAACUUUAUUCAGACAAUCAAUAUUAUUAUAUUUAUUUGUGUAUUUAGUAGGCCUACUAAACUUGAUUUAGUUAUUUAUUGUCUCUUGCAUGUCAUUAAAGCAUCACUA